CUAUAAGCGGAGAUAUUUCAGGAAAAUCAUUCGGUUCAAAGGGAAAAAGUUAUUCAUAACGGUGGUGAGGAAGUUACCAAGACAAGGACUUUUUCGGGCCUUGUCCCAGAGUGGAAAGAAUCUCUCCGUACCCAAUUCGACGGGACGGCGUCUGGCCGCUAAAAUCGAUGCUCCCCGAUUUCUUUACGCAAUCGAAGGUUUGUAGAACGGAAAAUGGAAGAAGUCAAUCGCAGCUCCGUCUUUUACCCUUUUUCCGCGCUCUUUUGUUUUAUUAGUGUUUUAUUUUCUUUCUCUCUCACACACUCUCUGUCUCUGUUUUCCUCUUUCAAUCAACGUUCCGAGGAAAUAGGAAAAAAUAAUAUAGAAGAUUAUUGACUACUUCCAGCAAGGCACCUCAAAAACAAGUUUCUUUGUCUAGGACAAAUAUACUUAUACAUAAAAAAUAAAGAAAAAAACCCAUCAGUCACAAUAAAAAUAAAUGCGAAAAUUAAACGAUUCUUAUUCGCCCUUGCCCCGUGAUCAUGAAAGGGAAGAAUGAAAGAUACAGCAAAGGGAAAAAAAACAACAACAACAACAACAACAACAACAUUAAUUCGAAGUAGAAUUGAAA